CCGUGCUGCGGUGCUUCGUCCUGCCCGCCCGCCCGCCUCCAGCCAGCCUUGUUCAGUGGCGACCGUCCAUUUCCUCUCUGCCAGUAGCGUUAGCAGACCGACCGCUCAAACUUGACCAGACAUGGCUGACCAACUAACAGAAGAGCAGAUUGCCGAGUUCAAGGAGGCCUUCUCCCUGUUCGAUAAAGACGGAGAUGGGACCAUCACCACCAAGGAGCUGGGGACCGUCAUGAGGUCACUGGGUCAAAACCCAACCGAGGCUGAACUGCAGGACAUGAUCAAUGAGGUGGAUGCUGACGGAAACGGGACCAUCGACUUCCCCGAGUUCCUGACGAUGAUGGCGAGGAAGAUGAAGGACACUGACAGCGAGGAGGAGAUCAGGGAGGCGUUCAGAGUCUUUGAUAAGGACGGCAACGGUUACAUCAGCGCCGCAGAGCUGCGUCACGUGAUGACCAAUCUGGGAGAGAAGCUGACAGAUGAGGAAGUAGACGAGAUGAUCAGAGAAGCCGACAUCGAUGGAGACGGACAGGUCAACUAUGAAGAGUUUGUUCAGAUGAUGACCGCCAAAUGAACCGGGCUUGCAUUAAAGACAAAGAAUCAGUCAAAUGUUUCACUUACCUCUUAUUGCAAAAAUCUACAUUUAAUCAUACUGUUCUGUAUAGACAACUUAAACUGAAUGUUGGAAAACUGAAAAUCUGUCCUUAUAAACAAGCUCAAAAAAGGUAAAAGAAAAAAAAUCUAAAUUAAUCUGCAUGUACUGGCUUGUAUCCCCGCCCCCCAACGCUGAGCUGCCCAAUCAGGUCUCAACUCGUUAGCCAAGCGGCCUCCGUGCAGCCGGCUGGUUUGGCCACUGCUGCUCUGCUUCCUGGUUCCAUCUGCCUGAUGUCAUGAUGAUUAUUUGGGCUGGCCAAUCGCCUUUCUUCUAUGACUUCCUGUUUUCUUUUUGUUCUGUUCUUCAUGCAUGCAGCUUUACGUGGGUUUCUGUCAGACCCAGCGGCAGGAGGCUGUAGUUGGGCCUCAGGUCGGCCCGCAGAGGAGGGAGGGGAGAUGACUGAAGGAUGGGAGGGAGUGAACCGGCGGAACAGCCGCAGUUUACUCACCUAAAUGAAGUCAGUGACGACUGAUAUUUUUAAGAAAAAUAUUAAAACGGAAUAAACAAGAACUCAUUUUAGAUUUUGUGUUUCUGGCAUGUCAGGAUACUCACUUUAUCCUUUGUGUGUUUACCUUUCCGAGGGUGAAGCCUGGUGGGGCGUAGGUUGGAGCCCCUGGGGCAGCGGUGGUGUUCUGGAAUAUUGACGGGUUGGGUGGGCUUUAGAGGGGAUCAGACACAGAGGCAGUCUUUGGGGCGAUAUCAGUAUCAUCAGUAAACCAACGCUCCUACUGCUGGGGGUGUUGGUCUGCAGAGUUGGAGAUCUACAGAAAUUAAAAAUCAGUCGUGAACCUAAAAGAAUCAGAUCUUGGUUGGUUCUGGCUGAAGCUUGCUCAGGUACAGGAUGUUGCCUCAGAGACUGCACGUGUUUGAUUCCACAGGGGCGUUCACUUCAGUUUAGUGGGGACAGGGUCGGUGCUUUGCAGCAUUUCUAGUGUGUGCGUGUGUGUGCGUGUGUGUGUGCGUGUGUGUGUGCGCGCGUGGGUGCGGCGAGGCCCGGCCCAGUCCAACUGUUCUGUUCGGUUCAGUUGAUCUGCAUUCCAAGUUGUACAUGCUAGUCUUUACAUUUUGUUUUUCCAAUAAAAUGUCAUGAACUAA